UUCCGAUCAAUGCUUAUGACACAUAACUCACUUUUUAUAAAUUGGCCCAUUAAAUAGCCUCAAACCUAGAUCCAUCUUUUGAGCCUAAUGUUAAAAAUGACUUUUGACGCAGGUCUUCAAGGUCGUACAUGGAGAUGUCUUAUACGAACAGAAAACAUCUACAUCUACCGGCGGCGUUAGUGUGUAUUAACUACCGAACUCUUGCGGCGAUAGCGGUGGUCGGAUCAGCCUUAACUAUUUUUUAUUACUUAGGGUUGCCAGUAAACCGCAAUGUCUUCCCGCCAAAUAUACUGGAAUUCAAUAGACUACGGAAUAAAAUAACUAAACCAUUGUCUGACGAAGCGAAGCCGCAAUGGACUUGGAUUUGCAGUAACGAGAAAUGCGAGCGCACUACAGCUAAGGAAAACUUAGACCUAGUGUCUCUUCCUACAUGUAAUGCACUUUGCUCCUCAGCCGUAAUAUGGCCAAAACCAACCGGACAAUUAAAACUAAGCAAUACAGUCUUACCGUUAAAUUUCCAUUUCACUCUCGAAAUAUCAACAUCACCGUCAAAAGAAGUUUCCGAACAUCUCCAAAAAGCUUUUUUUCUUUUUGAGCAAGAUUUAAGUAAAUAUAAAAAAGUUCAAAAGCAACCGGACAGUAUGUAUGCUGUGUACUCUUUAUUAAUUAGUGUAUCAGUAAAAGGGGACAAAGACCCCCGUUUAAGACUGAAUACUGAUGAGAGCUACGAAAUAUACGUCGCACCAUCAAAAAGAGGUGACGUUAUAGAAGUUACUGUAUCAGCAAAAUCUUUCUGUGGCGCAAGACACGGGUUCGAAACAUUAUCACAACUAAUUUGGUUCGACCCUUAUAACGACUCGUUACUCAUGAUAGACACAGCGGUUGUCAAAGAUAAACCUAGCUUUCAUUACCGCGGAUUGUUAUUAGACACUGCAAGAAACUACUUUCCUGUGAGUGACAUCUUAAGGACCAUCGAUGCAAUGGCAGCAACGAAGUUGAAUACCUUUCAUUGGCAUGCCGUUGAUACUCAGUCGUUUCCGUUAAAAUUGAACAGUACAAUGAAACUUGCUAAGUAUGGGGCUUAUGGAUCAAGUUCAGUAUACACGAGAGACGAUGUUCAAACGAUUGUGAGUCACGCAAGACUACGUGGCAUUCGCGUAGUGAUAGAAAUUGAUGCGCCUGGCCAUGUUGGCAGUGCUUGGAAUUGGGGUCCGAAAGAAGGUCUCGGAGAUUUAGCUUAUUGUAUCGAAAAUGAGCCAUGGUGGAAAUACUGUGGAGAGCCACCCUGCGGUCAACUCAAUCCGCAUAAUCCACACGUAUUGAAUAUUCUAGAAAAUAUUUACACAGAAAUAAUACAACUAACUGGUGUCGACGACGUAUUUCAUUUAGGCGGUGAUGAAGUGACUCAACGCUGUUGGACAGAACACUUACCAGAGUGCGUAAAUAAGCCGUUAUGUGCAACCGAUGAUGCUUGGAUCGAUUUCGUGCAUAAAGCUUAUAAGGCACUGGAGCGAGCUAACGGAGGAAAAGCGCCUAACCUGACGAUGGUAUGGUCAUCACGACUAACUAAAUGGCCAUAUUUGAAAACGCAGAGAAAGUUCGCAAUACAGUUCUGGGAUUUAAUGGAUUCACAAGACAUGUUAAUGCUUCUGAUGAAAGGAUUUCGUUUGGUAUUAUCUCAUGCGUAUCCUUUGUAUUUGGACUGUGGUUUUGGCAGUUGGCGCAGCGAUGGCGAAAGCCAUUGUGGUAAUUAUGUAAAAUGGCAAGAUAUAUAUAAUAAUCCUCCUUAUACGCCAAAUACAUUGCAUAUUGUAGGCGGAGAGGCUUGCUUGUGGAGUGAACAAGUUGGACCUACGGAUUUAGAUGGACGAUUGUGGCCAAGAGGAGCGGCGUUCGGAGAGAAAAUGUGGACGCACCCGAAAUUAUACGCAAAUGAAUCUGUCAAAUUAAGACUUGACGUUCAUAGAUCUCGGCUAGUAGCGAGAGGCAUUCGCGCCGGACCCAUAUUCCCACGAUGGUGUUCGGAAAAUCCGUAUAAAUGUAUUUAGGUGGAACAAAUAAUUUAGUAUAUGAAUACUUGAACCGUUUGUGAACAUUAGGCUCAAUUUAGCUUGUAUGCAAAUGCGAAGUUUCGUAACGAAAUUGUACAUAGCAUAAUGAACUGUAUGUCGAUUGUGUAACGUACAAACUAGAUACUAUAGCUGCGGGAAAUCCCGAGACUGCGCGAGAAUUCUCCGAAAGACGCGCGACGUUUUUUUAUUUGGUUCGAAUCUAGUUUGUGUUACACAAUUGGCGAUAAAGUUCAUAUUGCCAUGGUUACAAAAAUCCGCGGCAAUGGAAAUUAAGCCUUAAAUUAAUGACUACUAGGCAAAUUCUUGCUAUAAGUUCAGUUACUAAAAGAAGUCUGACAGCCCAUAGUGUAAUAUUUCCGCACACUUCACUUAUAAAAUAUAAUAAAGCUUUACAGUGCUGACAGUCAAGAACUAAUUUUAAUUUCAAAUAGUAGAUAUUUUUCCGGAAAAAUUACUGAAAAAUUGGAAAAUAUAAUUCCAAGGUUCAUGUUAUGUUGUACGUUUGAUAUAUCUUUUAAAGUUUUAUUUGGCAUGAAUUUAUAAAUAAAAUAAAAUUGUAUAGCUAAAAGCAUGAGCAAAACGCGAUUUUAAUUAAUGAACAACGAAAAACAAGAAUCGUACCUACGUAAGGUAAAAGAAAAACUAUAAUGGCUCCAUCAUUUUCGUU